AUGAAAAAUCAGCUUGUCAUAUUUUUAUCAUUAUGUGCUGUUUCUUCUGCGAUUUCGUUCGAUUUUAGAAAAUUAUUUCGUCGUAAUAAAGAAUCCAAUUCCAACAACGAACUCAAUACACUGCAGAUGAUAAGAAGAGAGGGUUAUCCAGCUGAAGCUCACGUAACGUUAACGGAAGAUGGUUAUCUGUUGACGAUGCAUCGCAUUCCAGGAAAACCUGGAUCUUCUGCGAUUUUUUUACAACACGGUGUAUUAGGUAGCUCUGCAGAUUGGGUUAUGCUUGGGAAAGGAAAAGCUCUCGCUUAUUUAUUAGCCGAUCAGGGUUACGAUGUAUGGCUUGGAAAUUUUCGUGGUAAUACAUAUUCAAGAGCGCACGUGUCCAUAUCUCAGGAAGAUUUAAAGUUCUGGGACUUUAGUUGGCAUGAGUCAGGUAUCUAUGAUCUACCGGCGAUGAUCACUUACAUUGUAAAAUUGAAGGAGAAUUUUUUGAAAGCGUAUAUUGGAUUCUCAAUGGGUACAACGUGUUUCUACGUGAUGGCUAGCGAACGGCCGCAAAUAGCAAGACUGUUGCAAUCAACAUACAGUCUUGCUCCAGUAGUGUUUAUGAAACAUGUAACAAGUCCUUUACGGUAUUUAGCCCCGUUAGCAGAUGAUUAUAAGGUGAUCUUCUCCCUAUUCGGUGAGGGUGAGUUUCUACCGCAAAAUUAUGUUGUAAAAUUCUUAUCAAAAUAUUUAUGUAUCGCUCAAUUUUGGGAGGAAAAAAUUUGUGUUAAUUCGCUGUUUAUUCUUGUUGGAUUCGACAGAGCGCAAUUUAAUUAUACGCUGUUGCCUGUAAUUUUGAACCAUACACCGGCUGGUACAUCUUCUAAGACCUUGAUUCAUUAUGCUCAAGGAAUAAAAUCUGGAGAAUUCAAACAGUACAACUAUGGCGUAAAGCGAAAUAUGGAGAUUUAUAAUAGUAGUGAACCACCUAAGUACAAUUUAUCAAAGAUUACAAUGCCGAUCACAUUGUUUUGCGGCAAUAAUGAUUGGUUGUCUAGUCCUAUUGAUGUGAUGCAAUUAAGCAACGAAUUACCAGAAAAACCAAUUAUUUAUAAAGUGCCAUUUGCGAAGUUUAAUCAUAUAGAUUUUCUUUGGGCUAUAGAUGCUUUUGAACUAGUCUAUAAAAAAUUGCUUGACAUGCUGAACUAG